CUACACCGUAUUUCGUAGUGCGGUUUGGUAGCCCAUUACGGCGUGUUAUCGAAUACGGCGAUGUUUCGUUUUUUAUUGAAACCAUUAUUAUAUUAUAUUAUCCGAUAAUACAUAUGACACACGGCGACGACGACGUUUAUGUUUAACAAUUUAACAUAACAUAUUUUUAUUUCGUUGUCCACACUUCCAAAGCGCUACGGCUACCGUCAAGGUUGUCCCUUUCUCCUGCUCAUCAUCCGCCGCCACAGCGUGCCGUCCGACCAGAGUAUCGUAGUUAAUACGCGACACCGCGCCGUAUCAUCGACGUCGAUGACACGCAACUUUUGAAAGUUUUAUUCUUCUUCUUUAUCAUUUACCGACGGGCGACGAGGAAAAAAAAUAAUCAUAUCAUAAUACGCUGCACCGCGGUAGGCACAAUAGCACAAUACUACGGAACCGUCCGGUGGGGAGACAACACUACAGUCGGCGCAAAACUACCAACUAUACAGUGAUAUUAUUUUAUCAUUGUUGUUACGGUUUACCGUUUAGGCGUUUACGACAUUCACUCCGUCUCCCGUCCGAAUCAGUUGUGGUGCGUCACCGCCGCCGUUAAUUAUGUGAUAAUCAAUCGACGACGUAAAACAUUCGAAGAAUUUCCCAAAGUUAAACACUGUAUACUAGUGUUCCGCUUUUUGCGUAUCACAUACACACAUACACGUACACACUACACACACGUACACACACACACACACACACACACACACACACACACAUACACACGCGAUAAAUAUAAUAUAAUAUUCGGACUGUGAUUAGAAAGGAAAUACUAAGUAGUCAGCGAGAGUUUAAUAAACGACGUAUUAUAUAUAUAUAUACACAAAUAUAAAUAAUUCAUUUUUUUUUUAAUAAUUACUUCAUUCAAAUUUUCGUUUAUUUAAAUAAAUAUAUUUUUUUAGUUUAUUUUUUUUAACAACUUCAUUGUUCCUAUAUUAAUUCCGUAACUUACAUAAUUAUUAUAUAAUAUUUAUACAGUAUUACAUUUUCAACGGACCCCGGCGAAGAAACAGCUUGUAGAAAAAUCCAAAAUCACUAUUUAAUAUAUUAUGGCCAACAGAGCUGUACCUCAGAGGCCUAACGGUCAAACACCAGGGAAAAUAUGUCAGUUUAAGUUAGUUCUUUUAGGUGAAUCAUCAGUUGGAAAAUCUAGUUUAGUGCUUAGAUUUGUGAAAGGCCAGUUUCACGAAUACCAAGAGAGUACCAUUGGUGCUGCUUUCCUUACUCAAACGAUUCAUUUAAAUGAUGUAGCUGUUAAAUUUGAAAUUUGGGAUACAGCUGGUCAAGAACGUUACCAUAGUUUAGCACCAAUGUAUUAUAGAGGGGCUCAAGCAGCUAUUGUAGUCUAUGAUAUUACUAAUCAAGAUACCUUUGAAAGAGCUAAAAAUUGGGUGAAGGAACUCCAAAGACAAGCAACCCCUGGUAUUGUAAUAGCCUUAGCUGGAAAUAAGUUAGAUUUAAAUACUAUGAGAAGUGUUCAGACUGAUGAAUCACAAACGUAUGCUUAUGAAAAUGGACUGCUGUUUAUGGAAACAUCAGCAAAGACAAGUGCUAAUGUGACCGAAAUUUUUAAAGCAAUUGCUGAAAAACUUCCUAAGAACGAAACAACUAGUACAGCAGGGCAAGGCCGACGUCUAGUUGAAUCAGAAGGAGCUAAUAAGAGCCUUAGCAGCUGUUGUAAGUGAUACAGUAAAUUGAGUCAGUUUUCAUAUGGAUUAUUGACAUUUAAUCAUCUAAUAAACUAUAUAGCUUUGUAAAAUUAUUAAGCCUCAGAAUUAUAUUUAUCAAUUUGCAUUUAA